CGUAUUCUACACACCACAAAAGAAAACAGAGUUUCAAAGCCCUUUUCGUUCUAAUCCAAAACAGUAAAACCCCACAUUUCCCUCAAAUCUUCUUGUAAAUCCUGCAAAACCCAAACUUUGAUUUGUUAAUUGUUAGCUUAUCGUUGUUUUUACAUUGUUUUUGGUUUUCUUCAACGAUUAACAUGUGUGAUGCAUAUACUCGCCGGAUUUUAACUUCUCCGGCGAUUCGUCCAUCCGAAAAAGCGUCUCCGGCGACCCUUCUUUCCUCUCUGAUUACCCUUUCUGAUACCAUAUGUUCAUACAAAUCAAAACCCUUUUACUCCAAUGCUCGAAAUGCGAAGGAUUCCCUUCUUCUUGUCGGGAAUAUCCUCGUAUUCCUCGAAGAUAUCCGACGAGAUCAAACCGGUCUGUCAGGCGCGAUGAUUCUUUCACUGUCGGAGCUCCAUUACGUGUUCCAGAAGCUCCGGUUCUUGUUGGAAGACUGCACAAAAUCUGACGCCCGGAUGUGGAUGCUAACCCGAUCCGAAAAGGUAUCCAAUCAGUUUCGGGCCAUCUUUCGAUCCAUUACUGUAGUUCUUGAUGUGCUGCCGUUAGAUUCAAUUCAUGUCUCAGUUGAAUCGAAAGAACUAAUGGGUUUGGUAAAAAAUCAAGCCUUGAGUUCAAAACUUGGGUUCCGACCCGAAGAUCAAAGAGUCAUGGAGCAUUUGACAUCCAUUUUGGAUCAGCUUGAGCAUCAAAUGGUUCCGGAUCGUAACAAUCUGAAACGGGUUCUUGAUUAUUUGGGUAUUUCAAGCUGGACUGAAUGCAACAAAGAAAUCAAGUUCUUGGAUUCGGAAAUUAUGUCGGAAAGAUCCACCACCAAGAAAUCGGAUCUUGGUAUCCUCAGUAGUUUGAUGGGGCUCAUGAUUUACAGCCGUUGCACGGUUUUCACCACCGUCGACAUAGAGAGAUUCACGAUUUCCGGCGACACUCACGAAAGCACUUCCAGUCAUUUGAAUAAAUCAUUGAACGUUGAUGAUUUCCGAUGUCCGAUUUCUCUAGAGAUCAUGUCAGAUCCGGUGACUUUAACAACCGGGCACACAUACGAUCGAUCAUCCAUUGAGAAAUGGUUCCGGUCAGGCAAUUUAACCUGCCCAAAAACCGGCGAGAAGGUAAAUAGUAGCAAUUUGGUUUCAAAUUUGUGUAUAAGAAGUAUCAUCAAGCAAUAUUGUCACGAAAAUGGAAUUCCGGUGACCGAGUCCGUUGAUAGCAACCGCAAUCGGGACACUACUAAUACAGACACCGGCGGCAGUGUGGCGGCAGAGGCGGCCAUAAAGAUGGCGGUUGAAUAUUUGAUCGAUCGCUUAGUGUUUGGCACAAAUGAGGUUAAACACAAAGCUACUUACGAGAUCCGAAUGCUUAGUAAAACAAGCGUUUUUAAUCGGGCUUGUUUGGUUGAAUCCGGUGUGGUUCCGAGUUUAUUGGAUUUGCUAUGUGUUAAGAACCCUAAGAUUCAAGAAAACGCGAUUGCGGCGUUAUUGAAUCUCUCAAAGUACUCAAAAACAAAGAAAGUACUUGUCGAAAACGGAGGGUUAGAACUAAUUCUUGAGGUUGCACAAAACGGGUUAAGAAUGGAAGCCCGACAACACGCCGCGGGUACUUUGUUUUAUCUUGCUUCGGUAGACGAGUAUCGGGACAUCAUCGGGAAAAUCCCGAGAUCGAUUCCAGUUCUAAUGGAAUUAGUCCAAGAAGGUACAAAUCGAUGCAAAAAAAACGCACUGGUGGCGAUUUUCGGGCUACUGAUGUAUCCCGAAAAUCAUUGGAAAGCAGUAGCGGCGGGAAUAGUCCCGCUGCUAGUUGAUCUAUUAAGAUCUCCGUGUCAACACGAAGAUCUGUUAAUAGAUUCUCUUGCGAUUUUAGCCACUUUGGCUGAAAAAUCCGAUGGGACAUUGGCGAUUUUGAGUUGUGGAGCUCUUCAUGUUAUCCUUGAUGUUGUAGCUUCUACAUCAUCAAGGGCAGCAAGAGAGCAUUGUGUUACAUUGUUGCUUGCAAUGUGCACAAAUGGUGGGGGAGACGUGGUUCAUGUUUUAGUAUCGAACUCGGCUCUAAUGGGACCUUUAUAUUCCCUCCUCACCGGUGGUUCUCGUGCUAGUAAGAAAGCGAGUUCGUUGAUCAGAAUUUUACAUGAAUUCAACGAAAAGAAUGCUUCUUCGGGCACUAGACAUCCUAUUCACUUCCAAGAACAGUUUGUAGAUGUUUGGUAGUUUGUACAUGCUGUAAAUUUCGUGACAUUAACUUGGUUUUUUAAAGAGCUAAUGUCACAUAUAUAUAGCUUCUGUUAUUUUUGUAUGAAGCUAUAGCGAAUAAUUCAGGAUUGUAUUUAUCUUUUAAUGUGAAUAGGACAAGUACAUUUUUACAA